UUCCCCUCACAACUGACUCUUUCCUUCCCUUCUCCUCCCCUCAAGCCAAGUCUUGAAAAUCUUUCAUGAUGGAUACCAUCACCACUCUGCUACUGUCAUCCUUUCUAUGUUCCAUCUUAGCAUCCUCCACCGCAGUGAGCACGAUAGCCACAACUCAAUCCAUUAAAGAUGGUGACACAAUAGUCUCCAUUGGAGGAAGAUUCGAGCUUGGGUUCUUCAGCCCUGGAAGUUCCAUAAACCGAUACCUUGGCAUAUGGUACAACAAGAUAUCUAAUGAUUCCAGGACUGCUGUAUGGGUUGCCAACAGAGAAGUACCCAUUGUGGAUUCCUCUGGCGUUCUAAAGCUUACCCAAGAAGGCGUUCUCGUCCUCAGCCAUAAUGAUAGCAUCAAAAUCUGGUCUUCCAAUUCAUUAAAAUCCUCGAACAACCCAGUUGCAGAACUCUUGGAUUCAGGAAAUUUUGUUUUGAGAAAUUCAGAUGAUCGUAACCCAGAGAAUUAUUCAUGGCAGAGUUUUGACGAUCCAACAGAUAUGCUUUUACCGGGUAUGAAGCUUGGAAUCAACAACGUUACUGGACUAGACAGGUACCUGUGGUCGUGGAAGAGCAGUGACGAUCCAGCCCGAGGAGUUUUUACAUACAGGAUUGAUCCUCAUGGAUUUCCACAGUAUUUUUUGAAGAAAAACUCUGUUCAGCAGUUUCGUUCUGGACCAUGGAAUGGUCUCUGGUUCAGUGGCAUGCCUAGGAUAUCUUCAAACUCCAUUUACAAUUUCACUUUUGUGUUGAAUGAGAAGGAGAUUUAUUUCACUUAUGAACUUCUCGACAGCUUGGUUGUCUCGAGGAUGGUGUUGAAUCAAACAGGUGAUCUGCAGUUCAUGACGUGGAAUUGGAGAGAUGGGUCAACCAAGAGUUGGGCCCUAGAACUAACCACUGAAAAGACCAAUUGUGAUGCUUUUUCAUUUUGUGGUGCUUAUGGUCUCUGUACUGUGGGUAACUCACCAGAAUGCCAGUGUUUGGAUAGAUUUGUACCAAAAUCCCCAAAUGAUGGAGGCACAGAAGCAGAUGGUUGUGUGCGGAGAACACCCUUGAAUUGCAGUGCUAAUGGAGAUGGGUUUUUGAAGUACUCGGGGGUUAAAUUGCCAGACACACGAAAUUCAUGGUUUAAUUUGAGCAUGACUCUUACGGAAUGUGAGACAAUGUGCUUGAAAGACUGCUCUUGUAUGGCUUAUGUGAAUUUGGAUAUAAGUAGACGACGUGGAUGCUUGCUUUGGUUUGAUGAACUUGUUGAUAUUAGAGAGUUCUCUCAAAAUGGCCAAGAUCUUUACAUUAGAAUGGCUGCCUCUGAAUUAGGAAAUGCUUUGUCCCCAGUGGAGAAGAAUCCUUCCUCUUUUUGGAAGAGAGAAAAGAGGAUCAUAGUCAUCUCAGUAGUCUCAACAGUAACACUUAUAUUUGGACUAGGCAUUACGUUUUACAUUGGGAAGAAGCAGCAGCCAAAAACAGAAGGACGAGCAAGGCAUCACCCUGGAAAAGGUUACUGCAAAAAAACCAAAAAUGAAGAUAUAGAGGUACCAUUAUUUGACUUGGCCACAAUCGCUAGUGCUACAGAUAACUUUGCAAUUAACAAUAAGCUUGGAGAGGGUGGAUUUGGACCUGUUUACAAGGGUAUGCUGGAGGGGGGACAAGAAAUAGCUGUGAAAUUGCUUUCGAAAUAUUCCAAACAAGGUGUUGAUGAAUUCAAGAAUGAAGUUAUAUUUAUCGCCAAGCUUCAGCAUCGGAAUCUUGUAAAACUUCUAGGAUAUUGCAAUCAAGGAGAAGAAAGGAUGUUAAUAUAUGAAUACAUGCCCAACAAUACCUUGGAUUCCUUUGUUUUCGAUCAAUCACGAAGGAUGCUGCUGGAUUGGCCUAAGCGCUUCCACAUUAUCAAUGGAAUUGCUAGGGGACUUCUUUAUCUUCAUCAAGAUUCUAGACUCAGAAUUAUCCAUAGGGAUCUAAAAGGUAGCAAUAUUUUACUAGAUCAUGAGAUGAACCCAAAAAUAUCAGACUUUGGCUUAGCCAGAAGUUUUGGAGGAAACGAUGCAGAAGCAAAUACAAAAAAAGUUGUCGGAACAUAUGGUUACAUGUCUCCGGAAUAUGCAAUUGAGGGGCUUUUCUCAGUAAAAUCAGAUGUAUUUAGCUUUGGUGUUAUGGUAUUAGAAACAGUGAGUGGGAAGAGAAACAGGGGAUUCUAUCACCCAAAUCAUCACCUCAACCUUCUUGGGCAUGCCUGGAUACUUUAUAAGGAAGGCAAGGCAACAGAAUUGAUUGAUGCAGCAAUAGAAAACUCAUGCAAUUUACACGAAGUGUUGUGUUCAAUUCAUUUGGGUUUAUUGUGUGUGCAACAUCGGCCAGAGGAUAGGCCUAACAUGUCGACAGUGGUUCUGAUGUUGGGCGGAGAGGGUGCUCUGACUCAUCAACCUAAAUCACCUGGUUUUUUCACUGAAAGGAAUCUGCUUGAAGAAGAGUUGUCACGAAGCAAGAAUGAACCAUGUUCAGCCAACAUGGUCACUCUAACACAGUUAGAGCCCCGAUAGACUUGUCUCACAUUGUCUAUCUAAGCCACCCAAGCUUAGUUAUUAUAUUUAAAUAUUGUCAAUUGGUUUUGAGUUGCAUAAUUUAACAUGUCUUAAUUUUUACGGUCCAGACAUUUGAGUUCAGCUAAUGAAAGUUUUGUUGAUGUUGUUUU